AUGGUGGCGGCGGCGUGGUACACCGGGUGGCACUCUGACACCCUCACGUUGGGCAACGUCAGCUGGGACAAGUAUACCCACCUUAUUUAUUCCUUCGCUGCAACAGAACCCUCAGCGAACGUCAGUCUUGACGGCUCCGACCCCGAGCUUCUCCCCCAGUUUGUGUCCAUGGCCCAGGAUAACCACGUAAAGGCCAUGGUGUCUGUCGGCGGCUGGGGUGGUUCCACACACUUCUCGGACAACAUGGCAACGCCAGACAACAUAACUAACUUCGUCCAAGCUAUUGCCGGCUUCGCGCAUCAAUACGAGCUGGAUGGUAUCGACUUCGACUGGGAAUACCCCGGCAAGCAGGGUAUCGGCUGCAACGUCGUCUCUGAGAACGACACAGACAACUUCCUUUCCUUCCUGCAGGCGUUCCGUCAGGAGAUGGGCUCGGAGUUUAUCAUGACCGCUUCCGUCCCUGUCGUGCCUUUGACCGGCUCGAACGGGAGCUCCGUCAGCAAUGUCUCGGACUUCGCCACCGUCCUCGACUGGGUGAACGUGAUGAACUACGACGUGCACGGCAGCUGGGACUCCACCGUGGGCCCGAACGCACCGUUGAACGACACCUGCGCGAACAGCACGACCGCGGUGGGCAGCGCGGUGAGUGCGCUCGCCGCGUGGAGCGCCGCGGGCAUGCCGGCGCACCAGAUCGUGCUCGGCGUCGCAGGCUAUGGCCACUCAUACGCUGUCGAGCCCUCCGCCGCCGUCGCGCAGAACGGUACGCUCAACAUGUACCCCGCGUUCAACGCGUCCGAGCAGCCGCUCGGCGACGCGUGGGACAACGCGACGAACACUGAUGUCUGCGGCGUCGUCUCCGGGCCCUCGGGCGUGAUGGACUUCUGGGGCCUCAUCGAAGGGGGCUACCUCAAUCCGAACGGCUCCGUUGCUGACGGCAUCAACUACAUCUUCGACGGGUGCAGCCAGACGCCGUAUGUGUACGACGAGUGCUCCCAAACAAUGGUCUCGUUCGACGACGCGGACUCGUUCGGAGCCAAGGGCAGCUUCAUCGCGAACAGCAACCUGCGCGGCUUCGCGAUGUGGGAGGCGGGCAGCGACUACAACGACAUCCUUCUCGACUCGAUCCGCGCCGCCGCCGGCUUCCCCGACGACGACGACGACGACGACUGCUGA